AUGAGUAUUGUUAAAGGUGUAACAUAUCGACGUAAGCAUAAUGUUGGUUCACCGUCAUGUGAUCUAUGCGGUGAUUUUAUUGUUGAUUAUUCAAUAGCUAUUAGUGGUUGUACAGUAAAUGCUCCUACUAGAAAUACAGGGAUGUAUGCAUCUGUGAUACGUACAAUUAAAACGACAGAUGAAAAUUCCUCGGAAUGGGCAAAAGACCAUUUGCCUUCGGAAUACUAUGCGAUGAUAAAAUCAACAGAAGUACUUGACCCUUUAGUUCCUUAUCGUCGUGCUAUUGAUGAACGAAAAUUUGUCGAGUCAUUAGGAAACGAAUGGCCUCAAAAUUAUAUAUUAUUAGGCGAUACACUGUGUACAUUUAAUCCUCAAUACAGGCGAGGUAUGGCACAUGCAUGUCGACUGGCUCGAGAAUAA